GAGGGGGGAUGGGUUUGCAAAACUUUAACCACUUCAAUGACUUGCUGCCGAGAGCUUGAUUUAUGAAUGUUAAGUGGCAUCAAUGCGUCCAUCUAUAUAUUUCCAACUUUUGAGCCAUGCAUAACAUCUCUUGCAUUGUUAGCACGUUUUUCUGGAAGAUUUGAGGAUUUAUACUGGAGGAGGGCAUUAAUGUGUAUUGGCUUUCAGACAUCAAAUGGUUAAUGGUGUCUUGUCUCGCGGAUCAGUCUGACUCGCCCCGAGUUGCUGCAUUUGUCCCGGGAUGACCUGUUGAUGUCGGGAAAAGAUGGUGUCGAGACCCCCUUCCUCCAAAAUGGAGUAGAAUUUAACCACAUAAUAUUGCAUGUAAAAUUCAAUAAUUGCGCCGCGUGCAAACAAAUAUGACUACUACUUCUUAAUUUGUAUGCGAUUUGCAACUAUGCGGCAGGAGAACGAUAAUAAUAAUGCAUGCAUAUGGAUGUUGCUGGGCGAAAUGAUUUGGGGAUAGACAUCAUGGUAUGUGCAGGACUGUAACUCAGCCCGACAUUGCAUAGCAUUGCACUGGCACCGAGGGGGCGAGAGAAACGGAUGUGCGCUCCUCAAUAAUUCAUCUGUCUCACUAUUUUGGUGACAGGGAUAUUUGAGUGAGCUGCUUUUAGCUCUUUGGUCGCUGCAUCAAGUGUGGAAACCAGGCAAUCGGGGAAUUAUUUCUAAUUUUCCCGCCCCCCCGGGGCCCGUGCCAACCCGGAGCUCGUAUCCAGCUGGGCAGCGGUGCGGGCACACACACUCACCGGGGACCGCAGCUCUGCCGCGGCCGCCCACAACACAGAAACACCGGCGCCCGACUUUGACAACUCUGUAGUGCUGAGCUUUAAGAUAUGGCUCAGAUGCUGCAGAUGGCAAUACCAAACUUUGGCAACAAUGUCUUGGAGUGUCUUAAUGAACAGAGACUUCAGGGACUGUACUGUGAUGUAUCAGUGGUGGUGAAGGGUCACACAUUCAAAGCCCACCGGGCAGUGCUGGCUGCCAGCAGCUCCUACUUUCGAGAUUUGUUCAACUCUGGAUGUAAGAGCUCUGUUGUGGAGUUACCACCAGCGGUCCAGCCUCAGAGCUUCCAGCAGAUCCUUUCCUUCUGUUACACAGGCCGACUUAGCAUGAAUUUGGGCGAUCAGUUUCUCUUAAUGUACACGGCAGGAUUCCUGCAGAUUCUGCAGAUUAUGGAAAAAGGCACAGAGUUCUUCCUAAAGGUAAGCUCACCAAGUUGUGACUCACAGGGACUUCACACAGAAGAAACACCACCAUCAGAACCCCAGAGCCCUGUUACUCAAACUGGGAGCGGUACAGUAGGAGGGGGUGCAGUUGCCACUGCAACAGCUCGACCUGCUUCCUGCCUAACACCCCUUCCUUUAGUGUCAAGGGUGAAGACAGAGCAGCAACCUCAAGCCCAGCAGCCCCAUCAAGAAGCAUCAUCAUUUUCAGUGGUUUGCACUCCAGUUGCUAAGCGUCUUUGGGAGGGAGGUAACCGUGAAGGAGGUGGAGGAUCUGGAGGAGGGGGAGGUUUAAGGAAAGCAGCCCGCUAUUCACAGGAAGUGGCACGGGGCACGGGAGGGGCACUGCCUCAAAGUGCAGCAUUAUUGGGUGGAAGCGGUAUCACUAAUAGCAACAACAACAACAAUAAUAAUAACAACAGCAGUAGCACGCCGGAAGGCACCAGCCCAGGCACCCCCAGCAUGUACACCAGUGACUCGCCAAUCUCGUACCACGAUGAUGAUGAAGAAGAAGAGGAAAUCACAGACGAAACGACAGAAGAACAGUACAGACAGAUCUGUAAUAUGUACACUAUGUACAGCAUGUUGAAUGUAGGGGCAACAGCCAGCGAACGAGUGGAGUCACUACCAGACCACCUCACAGUUGAAUCAAGGGGAAGAGGAGUUCGAGUGAGGCAAGAUCUGGCCUCUCUUCCCACUGAGCUCAUUGCACAGAUCGGAAACCGCUGUCAUCUUAAACUCUAUGAAGAAGGUGACCCUGCUGAGAAACUGGAGCUAGUAACAGGCACCAGUGUUUUUAUUUCACGUGCUCAGCUAAUGAACUGCCACGUUAGUGCAGGCACACGUCACAAAGUGUUGCUCAGACGGCUGCUUGCUGCCUUUUUUGACCGAAGCACUCUUGCCAACAGCUGUGGGACAGGCAUUCGGUCCUCCACAAAUGACCCCAACCGCAAGCCACUCGACAGUCGGGUUCUCCAUGCUGUUAAGUUUUACUGCCAGAACUUUGCUCCUAGUUUCAAAGAGAGCGAAAUGAACGCGAUCGCUGCAGACAUGUGCACUAAUGCACGCCGCGUAGUACGCAAGAGCUUGAUUCCGAAACUGAAGCUUCUGAUGGCAGAAAGUGACGCAUAUGCCAACUUUCUUCCGGACACUUCCAAAUUGGAGUCUGAUGGCUUGGCUGUGGAGCAUGCUUUUGAAACAGGAUCCCUAGAAGGUGGCACAGCCUCUGAAUCCGGCCAGUCAACUACAGAUGCCCUGCAAGGUGUGAGCGGGGAGGGUAACAGCUUGUUUUAAUGAGUAACACUACCAUAGUUCAACCAUUAAUUCCAUCCACUUCUCCAUCACAUCCCAGUCUCACCUUGUGCGCUGAUGUAAUUUGGAAGCACAUUCCUGAAGAGGAGGGUCCUGUAGGUAUAUUUGAGAUGAGCGGAAGGGGAAAUGGUGUCUGGAAGCUCGUAUCCAGUCUGAAAACACUGUCAUGAUUCUGAAUGUAUCAUUUUGGAGAAUCCAGAAAGCUAAUGUUGCUGGACAUAAGAUUGUAUUCAUCUGUUAAUAUUUAGUGGCUAUGUACCUGCUUCCUGGACUCCAUUUCCUCUUUCUGCAAUAACACCCUGAGACACCUUUACUUUUUUUCUUUUUAAUUAGAUUUUCCUUUUAUCUAAAUAACAUUUGUAAUUUUUUUGCCAACUAUUCAACUUUUUAUCUUGCCAAGUAUCCCAAGAGAGGCAAUGUGCCAUUUAUGAAUGUAAUGAAUUUGUAAGACGCAAUCCGUUUAUCAGAAACUACUGUUGAGUUUUGAUAGAAAGAGUCUGUGCAAAAUUCUUACCUUUUGAUCAAUGAAUAGUGAAUUGUUAUACACAUGUUUUUGCAUUAGCAAAAUCCAAAAACCAAUUUUAAUCAUUUUAUUUUGGUAUAUUACCAACGCUUCACAUUGUUACUUUGGUUUAUUUGAUCAAAAUCGGCACACGUUUUUACUGUCAAAUAUCUCCGAAGCAAAUCCCAAAAAAACUCUCCACCAGGCCUUUUGUCUUUAUGUUCUUAGUAGUUUUGUACGACACAUGACGUAGUGCUGGCGUCUGUGUGAUGUGUAAAUGAGUCUGUAUGAAGGCUGCAGAUGGUAGUAUUUGAUGAGCUGUAUCUCACAGUUGACUGCUUCAUGCACCGAUUGCACAAGCGUGGUGCAUGCUGCCGCAUGGUGCAUUCUGACAUGCUACGCUUCAGCACCUCAGACAGAGAUGCACUAAAUGCUUUGAGUUCAGUAUUAGAGAUUGGCACUGAACGGGCAUCAGUGCCCUAGCUACAGUGGUUCUAAACCACUAAAGACCACUCUGAGAGUGGAAGCUGUUUUGUAGUCUCUUUGUUUUUGUUAUGCGGAUUUGAAAAGACAGUUUUUAACUGUCUCUUGAUGGCUUUCGGGUUUUAGAAAGAGGAGUUCUUGAAGUUUGCAAUACUAAUGAAGAGCUGUUUUAAUCCCAGAUUUAAAAAAAGAAAGAACCAUGUGACAAUGUCAUUUAAAGUGUAGUUGCACUCUUAAACAUAUUUAAGGAUGUGCUAUAAUUAGAUUCCCAAAGUAUGACCUACAUCUUCCGGUGUUUUAAGCACACUUAUGUCGUGAAAUGCGGACUGUAUUGUUUGAAUUUUUGAUUAUCUGGCUGUGAUUGGACAAGAUAAUCUCAGUCCAAAAGCAUCAAAUAAUUUUUUACCUAAAAACUAAAAUAUUAAAACAGAACCCUGCUAUUUGUGGGUUUUAAAUGUUUACACUUAAUUUAAAAGGACGGUUCACCCAAAAAUGCAAAUUGUCAUUAUCUACUCACCCAUCCAAAACUGUAUGGCUUUAUUUUGUGAAACACAAAAGAAGAUAUUUUGAAGAUGUUGGUACCAAACCAGAUUUGAAGAACAUUGACUUCUAUUGUAUUGACCAAAAAAAAGAAGAAAAAAAAGACAUAUCUUAAAAUAUAUCAUACAUAAUUAUAUAACGAUAUAUUACUAUACUAUAAUCAUAAAAUAUUAAUACAAAUCAUUAAAUACUGUUUUGUGUAGACUAUCCAUAAGUCUGUCGGUACACUGCACUGGGCCAGGGGACAGAAGACUUUUACCUCUCAGCCAUUUGGUACGAUCCUAAGAGACUGCACCAAGUCUUAAUCAUAGUACAAUAGGAUGAGAAGACGACAUUUGCACAGAAAUCUAAACUAAUUUUUCCAGCACUGCCUUAAACGUGGACGUUCAUGCCUGGGAGUCUUAUACGGCCAGCCUGUGAAAGAAAUUGUUGGAAGGGGAGGGCACUGAAUGCCUGGAUGAUCCUGUAUGCAUGCGUGCUGGUGUGCUCCUUUACUUUUUCCUCAGAGUUUUAACCUCUUUUUUUCAUUUCCAUUUUUGGAGAUACACAUGCUAAUGUCUGUGCAUUCAUGUGAGGAGGCUGACAGGAAACCGCGAGUGUGUGCCAGAGGCAUGCUUUUUAUAUGGGUGCAUUUGUUUAUGUGUACGUGCUCAAAUGUAAGUCUGGUUUUUGUGUGCCAAAUGCACGUCUGAGAUGGGGUGCGUGGGUGGUGUUGGUGUAUGACUGGAAUAUGUGCAUUGUGUGUGUGUGUGUAUGUGUUGAUGGGUGGGUGGGUGGCUGGUAUGUGCGUAUGCAGAGAUCAGAGAGCUCUGUUUGUUUUUGUCUGACUCAGAGAGGGAGACAUACAGUGCAGACGCAAGCAGAGAGGGGAGGGAAUGUAUUGGUGAGGAGAUGGAUGUUCACACACACACACACACACACACACACACUUAAACACACAACUGGUGCAGUGAGCCGUUUCCCAAAUGGAGGCAUCAAACGGUACACUUUGACUAAACAAACCAUCAUUUCGCAUUUAAUCUCAUCUGAUUUCACUUUGUUUCUUUAUUUUGUUUCUUUAUUGAAGAGUUCACACGAAAUCAAAAUUGAUCCAAUUUACUGUCCGAAUACACAUUUCUGGGGCUUUGUGUAUAAAGCUUUGCAUAGAUUUUAUACACACAAGAAUCCACACAAACAGCAGAUUUUGAGUAUAAUUAAAUGGUUUCACGUAUGUUUGUCAGAACUUGUGAAAAGAAAGUUCCGUUUUCAGCCUUGUCUUCUUUUUGAAAUAACCAUAUAUAUGGAACUUAUGGCGCUUUUAAUUAUUCAUAACCUUUUCCCAUAUAAUUUAAAUAUGCAUAAUUUCAUCCAAUACAACUGCAUUUAAAGUUUGCAUGCAAUAAAAGUUCACCAUUUCUAUCUAACAUUCAAAAAUCUCUCUCUCUGGCUUUGUGUUGGACUGUUCCUCAUUGUACCUUUUGAAAUACAACGUAAUAGGAAAAAGAAAGAGAACAGCAGUCAACGUUUCUUCAUCCCUAUUAGAAUGUACAUAUAUGGAGCUGGAUCCUCCGUUGUACAGCUCUUAAGACUGUUUUUUGUACUAUCAUGUUGGACACGCAGGCAGGACCAGGAGGUUUUUUAGGAAGCAGCCAGCAUGCAUGUCCAUGAGGGCUGGAUUUGGGAUGUUUUCAACCCACAAAACACUUCUUUACAUGUUCUGCUCAGUAGUGCAUUGGUGAGAUUGGGUAGCACAUAGUGUGCUCUGAACUCAGACUAGUAGAAUUAUCUUGUGUAGAAUUUAACCCCCUGUCCUGCACACUGGGUUCACUGGGUACACUGGUCUUAUGUGAGGGAUCCUCUAAUUUAUCAAUCAAACUAAGUAUUAUGUUAUACAUACAAAAAAAUUCAAACAGAACAAAUAAGGUUAGGCUUUGGCCGCUCUCAGACACAACAGUGAAUACCCCACACACACACACACACAAAGUAAAAAAAAAUGCAUGGGAAACUAUAUAUAUAUAUAUAUAUAUAUAUAAGCUAUGAUUUUGUUUUGUUCUACUCUAGAAUAGUGCUUGGCCAUUGAGAUGCUACUAAUUUAACAUAGACUGUAACAUAGACUGUAGAGUUGCCAAGCGUUUUUUAAAUGAACAUCAUGAGAUUUACAGUAGGUAGGAGCCAGAGAAAUGUUAUAUUUUUGCUUUGUAUAUUACUGAAGUGCUGGGAAGGGAUGAGGGCAGCUGAAACUAUAGCUCAAAGGGUAUUUACUGUAUUAAAAUGUCGUUUUUAAAGGGUGGAUGAGUUGGGGUCUAUAUGCACUGCAAGCUAUUUUAUUACACCUUUCUGUCUUAAAGAAUCUUUUUGUUACUGAUUUAGUUUGUUGGUGAUGUUUAAAUGACAUUGAACGGCUCAUAAAUGAGCGCCACCUGGUGUCGGACUUGACACUGCGAGUAAUGGUCUCCUGAUCAUUAAUAUAUAGAAAAUCAAAAAUAUAGAAAAUCUUUUCAUUUGACUUGCUCUUUAAUUUAAUAACCCCUUACCAAAAGAAAACGUACACAACUGUGUGUAAAAAAAAAUUAAACUGCCAAAUAUGAGGAAAUGCUAUUGCGUUUAUACAGAUCUGGAAUAAAUUGUCUCUGCUGGUGAUUACCAAUGUGAUGAUCAAAACAAUCAAUAAAUAUGACACUUUAGUAACAAACCACCAAUAUGGGGAUUUGCGAAAGCGAUUUAACAUGACUUAAUAUAUUUGACAGAAUUUGACACGCAAUUGUUAAGGUCCUUUUCACGUUGUUGUUGUUGUUGUUUUUUUCUAUACUGAUAUGUGAAGAAAAAAUGCUAUUGUAAAAUGUGUUAAAUAGAGCUGAGAGUGUAAGUUGUGUGUGUUGCAAGAGAGAGGGAGCUUUAUUUUAAUCUGAAAAAGCAUCUUUUGUGAGUGUUCACUCGCACCUUGUCACAAGAGUCUUCAAUAGGGAGUCAACCAAGGUAUUUUUUUUUUUUUUUUUUUUUGCUUGUUGUUAAUGUGCUGACUACAAAAUAAAAAAAUAAAGAUG